CAUCCUACUUAUCCCGGCCCAACGGUUGGGAAUUCAGGGAAAGAGGGUUCGGGUCUAAAUCCAAAGUGGACACACCAUGGAGAUACUUACCAACUCCGGACUGCCAACUCAUCAACGCUUAGAAAUCUCAACGCUUAGAAACCUCAACGCUUAAAGGCGUUGGUCAGCGGCUAACAGCGUUGAGCCACGCUCAAGAUAUAUUAAGCACUCCAUAGACCCCUAUAUUCCCGUUCAUGAGCAUCAACAUCACCCGCAAUAACACCCAAGAUGGGCUCCCACCAAGUCAACGAUGGUAAACCCAUCCUCCUCUUCACCAGCGUCCCAGCAACUGGCCACAUAACUCCCACCCUCCGCAUAGCCUCCGCCCUCCACGCUCGCGGCUGGUCCGUCUUCUACCUUGGUCCUACCGCCUACAAGGCCACCAUAUCCGCCACGGGAGUCCAAUUUCUCCCCUUUCUCGACGACGCAGAUUUUAACGAGUGUGAGUUCGUUGCCUCCAAGAGGGCCACCACCGACAAAGAUGCAGUGGUCCAAGAUACUCCCAAACCAACCUGGCGCGACCGCGUCUUCGAAGACCUACGGUGGCUCUUCACCUCCCCCAUUCCGGCUCGGCACCGCUCCCUCGUGGCCGCCUUAAUCCACAUCCACCAGCUUUCCCCUUCUGCUCGAGUGGUGGUAGUAGCAGAAUCAAUGUCCAACGUCCUCCUCCCUCUCUUCCACUCCGCCCCCCUCCCCCUUGACAUCCCCAUGCCAAUCGGCUCCAUCGCUGUCAGCGUUAUGGUCCCUCCCCUCCGGUCUGUGGACAUCCCACCACUUAUCUCCGAACCCGUCGAGUUUGGUACUACUUCUGCUCACCGAGAACGGAUCGCCGAGACGUGGAGGGACUGGGAGGUGGAGACAAGGGAUCUGAAAGAGCUCCUGGUGGAGAAAGUGGAAGAAGCAGGCGGGAAGGACUUUGCCAAAGCCAUGGAGGCACGCGAAAGGGAAAAGGGUCGGGAAAGCUGGGCGUACUUGAGCGGGGAGAAUUUUGUCGGGUAUGAUCAUGUUUGUCAGGUUGGUGUCGAGAGUUGGUUUUACAAGACGGAAGAGGGGUGGCCGGGAAAUUGGAAGUUUGUUGGUGUGGUGCCGAAGUCGGUGCCUGUUCUUGACGAGGCAAAGCAAGUGUUGGUGGAUGAGGUCAAACUGGCAAGGAAGGAAGGGAAGAAAGUGGUGGUGGUGGCGCAGGGGACGGUGGAGAUCGAUCCGAGGCAACUCAUCAUUCCGACUAUCCAAGCUUUGGGAGGACGAGAAGACACUCUGGUGGUGGCCAUCUUGGGACACCGCGGCCGAAAACUACCAGAGGACGUGGUAGUGCAGCCUAACGCAAAGGUGGCGGACUACCUCCCCUACGACGCCAUCCUCCCCCACGCUGAUGUAUUCGUCAGCAACGCCGGCUACGGCGCAGUGAUGCAUGGCAUCGGUCACCGGGUGCCGAUGGUUGUCGCAGGAGAAGAACAGGACAAGGCGGAGAAUGCUACGAGGAUACAGUGGAGUGGACAUGGGGUUAAGUUGACCAGGUCGUGGAGAGAUGGGGACGAGUAUGUGAAGGAGUUAGGGGAGGCCGUUGAGAAGAUUAUGGACGAGGAGGAGGGGAGGGAAGUGAGGAAACGGGCCAGGGAACUAAAGGAGGAGGCGGACAGCAUCGAUUGCAUCAAGACAGUCGAGGACUGCCUAUCCUCCUACUUGUAAUCUAUUACCCA